GAGAGAGCUGGAGCUCGGUACGCGCAGGGCGGCCGGAGCAGCAUGGCGGAAGACGAGAGCGAUCAGGAGUCGGAGAGACUCGGCGAGGAACUCGAGGCCAUUGCGGGGCCGCGCCUUCCCGCCGGCUUGUCUCCUGCCCUGAGCAGCCAGUAUUACUGCUACCGCUUCUGCCAGGUUGUUGAAGACUAUGCUGGAAGAUGGCAGGUUCCUCUGCCACAGCUUCAGGUGCUUCAGACAGCGCUCUGUUGUUUUACAUCUGCAUGUGUAUCAUUCCCAGCUGAAUGUGAACAUGUACAGUAUGUGCUGAGUAGCCUAGCCUUGAGUUUUUUUGAAUUGCUGCUGUUCUUUGGAAAGGAUGAGUUCUAUGAAGAUCCUUUAAAAGACAUUCUGGGAUCAAUCCAGGAAUGUCAGAACCUCUUAAACAGGUAUGGAAAUGUUAACUUGGAGUUGGUGACUCGCAUUAUCAGAGAUGGAGGACCUUGGGAGGAUCAUGUAUUACAAGCGGUUCUUAAAGCGAAGCCAGUUUCUCAGGAAUUAGUUAACAAAUAUUUAAGCUCUGAAAAUCCACUGUUCUUUGAAUUACGUGCCAGAUACCUUAUUGCCUGUGAACGCAUCCCAGAGGCAAUGGCUCUUAUCAAAUCUUGCAUGAAUCAUCCUGAUUUUAGCAAAGACCUUUACUUCCAUCAAGCAUUUUUCACAUGUCUUUAUAUGUCACCACUGGAAGAUCAGCUAUUCCAAGAGCACUUGCUGAGGACUGAUUGCAAGAAUGGCAUUGAAAUCAUCUGCAACAUUGCAAAAGAAGGGAAGACUGCCUUAGCUUUGUACCUUUGUGAAUCGUUUCUUGUUCCACAACUCAAAAAAGGAGAGAUGUAUUGCAUCUGGGAGCUGAUCUUUAUUUGGAGUAAACUACAGCUUAAAUCUAAUCCAUCAAAGGAAGUAUUUAUAGAUCAAUGCUACCACCUUCUACGGAUAGCUACAAACAUAAGGGUUAUUUUCCCUUUCAUGAAAGUUAUUAGAGAUGAAGUUGGCAAGGAAGGUCUGCAGAUUUGUGUUGAGAUAUGUGGAAGUGCUCUCCAGCUGGAUCUCCGUGAUGAUCCCAAAAUGAAGUGUCUGAUAUACAAAACCAUUGCUCAUUUUUUGCCAAAUGACUUGGAGAUUGUCAGAACAUGUGCUCUUUCUAUCUUUUUUCUUGAGCGCACCUUGGAGUCGUAUCACACUGUUGAACAUUUAUAUAAAUGUGCAGAUGAAGAAUAUAAUGAACAAACCAGUUCUGUUCAGAAUCGUGUUCGUUUUGAGUUGCUUCCAAUUUUGAAAAAGGGGUUAUUUUUUGAUCCUGAGUUCUGGAAUUUCUUGAUGAUCAAGCAGAACUGUUUAUCUCUGCUAAGAGAUAAAGCAUCAGUUGACUUGAGAGAAAGUACACUGGAGCAUUCUUCUGCAAACACUCCGAAGACUCGUCGGGCAUUGCGUGGUGAUCAACCCUGUAUAUCUGAUGUAAACAAUGGAGAACUAGACCAUGAAGAUCCUUCUGGAGCACAAUUGAAAUGUCAUAGUAAUUCCAAAAAGAACCAUUUAGUUCUUGGUUCAUCUAAAGUUGAUCACAAUGUACCAAGGCAUCGUUGUGUGUUGUGUAACAGGGAGUUUCUUGGAGGUCACAUUGUCAGGCAUGCACAGGCUCAUCAGAAAAAGGGUAGUUUUUCAUGUGUAAUGUGUCGCAGGAAAUUCAGGCAAAAAGGAAUAAUGCUUAAGCACUUAAAGAAUCAUAUCAAGAAGAUGACAAGGCAUCACCUUGCUGUUACUUGUCAUGAUCAGGAAACCCCUGAUGUAAAUGAAGUAAACUGUUCUGGUACAAACAUCUCUCUUGAAAAUGGAAACUUGGAGAGCUCUAAAGAAAACAAAGUAGAGAUAGUCAUUCCAAGUACUGAUGAGGAGAUGCAGAAUUCUGAACUCACAUUGGAUGUAACUGAAAAUCACAUUAGUUACCAGGAUAACGUUGUUGAAAAUGGUAGUUGUGACAACUGUUCAAAUAACAUUCCUGAACCGGACACUACAGAAGGAUUGCCAGAAAGUGAUAGCAGCCUGAGUAAAGAGGUCCCUAUACUUCAUAAAGUAAAUGGUGUGUUAGACCCUCAAAAUGACUUGGAAAUUAUGGACCAAGCAGGUAACUUCAAGUGUCCUGCUAACGGUUGCAUUCGAGUCUUUAAAAAGAUACGGUUUCUGAAUAAACAUGCGAGGAAAGCUCAUCCCACUGAUCUGAAGGUGCAAGAGCACAUAAUGAAGUGGAAUAAAGGAAAAUGUCGGUUUUGUCAAAGAAAAUUUUUUGAUUCUCAACAUUUUAUUGAUCAUCUAAAGCAACAUGUUUAUCCAAAUGUAUAUUUUUGUUUACAUUUUAACUGUAACCAGAGAUUUAAGCUAUCCACUGAGCUUGCAGAGCAUAUAAAAAGUCACAGUGAGUUUAAAGCUCAAUGUAACUUUACAGAAUGCUGCAAGCUUUUUGAUGACCUAACAUUGCUGUAUGAGCAUGAAGCUCAGCAUUAUUCAAACAAAUUGGAUCCUCCUGAAGAAGUCAGUGAAAAUAAUUCUUCAGAUAUUGUUUUGGAAUCUCAGUGUAGCAUCCAAGAAAAAGAAAGUAGUAGCAGUGAAAAGGAGACUGUAAUAGAUUUGCCAGUUCCAACUUGGAAAGCAAGGAAAGAUUCAACAGAACCAAAGACUUACAUCCAGAGUGAGAAAAAAACAAAUAGUCUAAUUCAAAAUGGAAAUGAAAAUGCAUGCGAUGGUGCUGCUAUGGUUGUGAACGUGAUAGACCAAAAGAUACCUGCAGUAGAGCCAAAUUCAGAGAACUAUGAAGUUAGUGACCAACUAGUCAAUGGGCAUGGUGAACUAGAACAGACUUCUUCAGCUUCACUAGAUGCUGAUUUGGAAAGAGUGACUGACAGUACAAGGACAGAAAAUGGAUCCAUUCUACCUGUUUUACAGAACUGUACUGAUAUGCCACCAAACAGUCUUGCUACAAGCUCUCAGUCACCUUCCAAACCAAAUCAGAUAACAGAAAAUACUUCAUAUGGCUUGAUUUUAACAAAGCCUUAUGUUAGGCCAUUGCCUCCAAGUUACCUUGAUGAACGAUAUAUUAGCAUGCCAAAACGAAGAAAAACUUUGACUGAGAAAGUAGAUACCCAUUCAGAGCAAGAUAAAACCUGUAGCAAAUCAGAAAAAUUAAGAUGCAGCAAAUGCUUGACCACCUACUGUAAUUCAGAAGCACUUCAGCUUCACCUUGCACAAAAGAAGUGUCGGACACUCUUUGGAUUCGAUUCAGAUGAUGAAAGUGCCUGAUCAAAUGUUGCAAGAAGACUUCUCGGUUUGAGGAGUGGCAUAAUGGAACACUACAAUAUUCUGCAUCAGUUUGCUUUUCCCUUGUUGGCCUUAAUUAUAAAGAAGUCUGAAAUUACUAAAGAUAAUCUGACCUUGCUCAGAGUUGAAGCACACUUGGGUCAGAACUAAGUGAUAGUAGAAGCUGUGCAGAAUUUUAAUCCAGAAAAACUGUGUUAAAGCCCCCAAAGUACCAGUUAUCUAGAAGCCACAAGGUCCCACAUGAAGUCCCAGUGUGAGUAAGUUCAAAGUGUAACAACAUACUGAAUGGCUCUCAUGCUGAUUGGUAACUAUUGCCCUAGAGAGAAAUGCAAGUGGUAUGUACCUCUUUCUGGUUGUUCAUGUUCGAAGGAAGCCUGUCUACGUUAUAACAACUAGUUUGAGUCAUUAUAUUAAAUGUCACUGUGCAUAAAAAUUUGGUCAAUUAAAAGUUGAUCUGUUUGUA